AAUUCUGAAACAAAUCGUGGAAUAUUAAUACGAAUAAAUGAUUGACAAUCUAUGCAUAUAAAUCCAUCAGAGUAAUUGAAUACGCUUACAAUUAAAACUUGUAAAUUUACAACAACGAAUAUCAGUUCCAGUUGAACAAAAUUACAUUAACAAUAAUAUGCGGAAUCCAACGUAUUUCAUCACGUUUAAUAGUACGUUAGUGGUGUUAAAGAUAAUUAUCCUUAAAUUAACGUAAACUUCACUUCUCUUACAUAAGCCAUGAUACGUCAUACAGUACAUAUGAGAAAGAUCGUUCCAGUGCAGCAUCAGUCGACCGUCAAAUCUCGACGCGAAACAUUGUGUGUCCUUAUUAAACAACUGCGCGCUUAGUCAAAUAUCAAGUGGAUUGUGUAAAGAUUGAAAAUUGACUGUGCUGCACAAGGACAACUACAUGGUGGAACUAACACAGUAAAACAGUUUUUAUAUCAAUAUGGUAUACGUAAUAGCUUUAUCAGUGUUAGCAGGCGCUUUAGGCCUCUAUUAUUUCCUUUUAAAGAAUUUGAAUUUUUUCAAGAAGCAUGAAAUACCGCAUUUCAAGCCUCUUCCUUUAUUGGGCAAUAUGGCUCCAUCGCUCUUCCGUCGUCAAUCGGCAGUCGAUCUUAUAAAAUCGAUAUAUGAUCUAAACCCUGACGCCAAAUAUGUCGGUCUAUAUGAAUUAAACAGACCGCUCAUCGUGAUUCGCGAUCCCGAGCUUAUUAAAUCUAUAACGUUGAAACAUUUCGAUACGUUCAUGGAUCAUAUCGGCUUUUUUGACGAAACUCAAGAUGCAUUACUUGGCAAGAAUCUUUUUUCUCUCCGCGGGGAAAGAUGGCGGCAAAUACGGUCCUUGUUGAGCCCAGCUUUCACAUCCAGCAAAAUGAAAAGUAUGUUUAAGCUCAUGUCAGACUGCGGCGCUAAGUUUGGCAAUUAUUUGGCACAAUUACCACCCGAGCAGAGAAUGAUGGAAACGAAAGACGCCUUUACUAGAUACACCAAUGAUGUAAUCGCCACCUGUGCUUUUGGCAUCACCGUUGAUUCCAUGAGAAAUCCGAAAAAUGAAUUUUAUGUGUAUGGCAAAGAAGCAUCCGGCUUCGACAGCAUCAUUCUUUUAAAAAUCUACAUAUUUAGAACUUUCCCUUGGUUAGGGCGAAUAUUUGGAUUGAAGAUCAUUCGUGAAAAAAUAGCAAACUUCUUCCGAGACCUUGUGGAAGUUACGAUAAAAACCAGGGAUGAGAAUGGUAUCGUUCGACCAGAUAUGCUACAGUUGAUGAUGGACAACAGAGGUAAAGAGAGCAAAACAGAACUGAGCAUCGAAGAUAUGGUGUCACAAGCGUUCAUUUUCUUCUUCGGCGGCUUUGAUAGCACUUCGACUUUAAUGUGCUUUGCCGCACAUGAAAUUGCUGUGAAUCGAAAUAUACAGGAAAGACUUCAAACUGAAAUCGAUCAAGUCUUGGAAGAGACGAAUGGGCAAGUACCUUAUGAAGCUGUGAACAAUAUGGAAUACUUAGAUGCGGUCAUCAGCGAAACACUCAGAAUGUAUCCAGUUGCCGCGAUAUUAGACAGAAUAUGCAUGAAAGACUUUGAACUACCACCUACCUUACCAGGAAAAAAACCUUUUACUAUGAAAAAAGGACAAGGCUUAUGGAUACCAGUUUAUGGACUUCAUCAGGAUCCCAAAUACUUCGAAGAGCCGGAAAAAUUCGAUCCAGAGCGGUUUCUUGGAGAGCGAAAAAAUGAGUCUCUACACAGCGAAGCUUAUCUGCCUUUCGGCUCGGGUCCUAGAAUGUGUAUAGGUAAUAGAUUCGCAUUGUUAGAAACAAAGGUUCUUCUCUUUCAUCUGCUGGCACGUUGUGAUCUGAAACCUUGCGAGAAGACACCGAUACCCCUCAAGAUCGCUAAAGACGCUUUUAAUAUGAAACCUGAAGGAGGCUUCUGGUUAAGCGUGACACCAAGGCAAAAACCGCAUAAGACUGUCGUAAUUAAUGAAACACACUAGCCAUAAAGUGGACGGCAACAAACCUAAAACAUGGCUCUGAUUCUUAACAAAAAAAUUUGUGUUGUUUAAAGUUUGAACAAUUAUUUUUCCACAUUUCCAUAAGAAUCUUUCUGAUAUGUUGGAAACAACGUCGUCUUUAUCUAUUGCAUAUUGCUAAGAAAGCGAAAAAAAGAUGGCACGACAGAGAUUACAGAAUCUUAUCUCGGUUUAUGAUUAUCAAUUAAUAGCACAAAUUAUUUUUUUUUUAUUUAAAUAGUGCACAAUUAUUGCCAUUAAACCUAAUAAUCACGAA